GUGAUGGUCAGCACGAGAAGUACCAGACAGUGGGCAACGUGGUAGCAGCGUAACCGCUCGCCAUCGUUGCCCGACCUUUCAAAUGCUAUCCGUCCGAUGUGCAUCAAACCACUUCUACGCUACCGGUGCUUCCAGGAGCGGCAGAGCCGAAGCCUCAUCAUAACUGCGAUGUCCAUCGUCCUCUUUCUUUGGUUGUUGGUGACGUCGCAUCACAUGGAGUCGAACGCCGUGGUUUGGUUCCGGAAGGGGCUGCGGAUCCACGACAACCCCGCGCUGGACUACGCUUGCAGGGGAUCCAGCCACAUCUUCCCAGUGUUCGUCCUCGAUCCCCGUUACCUUCAUCCAGACCCCUCUGCCUUCUCCCUUGGUUCUGCCCGCGCUGGCCUCAACCGCAUCCGCUUUCUCCUCGAUUGCCUCCUCGAUCUUGACUCCAGCCUCCGCAACCUUGGCUCCCGCCUCCUUGUCCUCAAGGGGCACCCUGAACCAGCCUCGGUAAUCUGCCAGAUCCUCAAGGACUGGAAUAUUCAGAAGCUCUGCUAUGAAUUCGACACGGAACCAUAUGGUCAAGCUCGGGACAGACAAGUCACGGAUUUUGCCAGUCAACAUGGAAUUGAAGUGUUCUCUCCCGUGAGCCAUACUUUAUUCGACCCUGCGGAGGUUAUUAAGAAGAAUGGAGGAAGACCACCUUUGACCUAUCAGUCAUUCGUGGCACUUGCUGGAAAACCCCCAGACCCUCUUGCCAAAACAUACUCUGAACUUCCUCCUGUUGGAAAUGUUGGGAAUGUUGAAUUGCUAAAUAUUCCAACAAUUGAAGAACUUGGCUACAAAGAUAUAGAACAGGAAGAAUUUUCACCUUUUGGAGGUGGUGAAUCAGAAGCUCUUCGAAGACUGAAGGAAGUUCUUAAAGAUAAGGAGUGGGUAGCAAAUUUUGAGAAACCAAAGGGUGAUCCCUCGGCAUUUUGGAAACCAGCAACCACUGUCUUGUCACCAUAUCUGAAAUUUGGUUGUCUUUCUUCAAGGUACUUUUAUCAUUGCCUUCACAAUGUCUACCUGACUGUUGGUAAACACACAUCCCCUCCAGUUUCACUUGUUGGCCAGUUAUUAUGGCGUGAAUUCUUCUACACGGUGGCUUUUGGAACUCCUAAUUUUGAUCAGAUGAGAGGAAACAAGAUAUGCAAGCAAAUUCCUUGGAAGGACGAUGACAAAUUACUUGUAGCUUGGAGAGAAGGUCGGACAGGAUAUCCCUGGAUCGAUGCCAUUAUGAUACAGCUUAAGAAAUGGGGAUGGAUGCACCAUCUGGCACGGCAUUCAGUUGCAUGCUUCCUGACACGUGGUGAUCUGUUUAUCCACUGGGAAAAAGGGCGUGAUGUCUUUGAGAGAUUACUGAUCGAUUCUGAUUGGGCCAUUAAUAAUGGUAAUUGGUUAUGGCUUUCUUGUUCAGCCUUUUUUUACCAGUAUCACCGCAUCUAUUCUCCAAUAUCUUUUGGACGGAAGUACGAUCCUGAUGGGAAAUAUAUUCGACACUUUCUCCCGGUACUAAAAGAUAUGCCGAAUGAGUACAUCUAUGAACCUUGGACAGCUCCACUUAGCAUCCAAAAGAAAGCAAACUGCAUAAUUGGAAAAGAUUAUCCGAGACCAGGUCUUGGUCGUCCAUGACAAAGCGAGCAAAGAAUGCAGAAAAAAGAUGGGAGAAGCGUAUGGAAAGGUCGGUUCUGUGGAAGAGGAAGACAAUGUAGCAGCUUCUGAAUCCACAGCUAUGCAGAAACGGAAAAGGCGGACCUAAGGAAUGCAGCUCAUAGAUUGCGUAACAUUUUGUGUGCAAAAACCAUGUUAACAAAAAAGAGUAGUAAAAGUAAAGAAAGAAACAAACUGUCUUUUUGUCGUCGAAGUUUAUGACGCGGAAUGGGCCUACAAUACAUAAAAUAUGAAAGUCUUUUAUGGUUAA